UUCACUGCUGCAGCAGCUCGCUGCACGCUAGAAUGGCCUUCUCCGGCGCCCUGACGCUGACGGACCUCAACGACUACCUCGGUCCGUCGCAGGCAUGCAUCAAGCCCGUCUCGGGCGCCGUCGAGACGCCCGUCGACGAUGCCGCCGCAGCGUCGACGUCCAUCGCCAUUGACGCCGAUGGCACGUACUUCGAGCAGCAGGGCGCCAAUACUGCCGCCUCUGCUGCUCAGGCGCCGCAGCCGCGUGCCCGCACGCGCCUGGAGACCGCACAGAUCUCGCUCGACGACUGCCUCGCCUGCUCGGGCUGCGUCACGAGUGCCGAAGCGGUGCUGGUCGGCAUGCAGAGCACGGCAGAGAUGCGCAACAAGCUGGCAAGCUUCGCAGAGCUGCCGUCUGGCUCCCGGCCGCUGCUCGUGGCGUCCAUAGCGCCGCAAGUGCUCUCCUCGCUCUCGGCACGCUACACGCACUCAGCCGACCUCGUCACGCCUCUCACCGACCGACAGCUGCUCGCACGCAUCUCGCAUUUCCUGCGCACGAGCUUCGACUUCGAUGUCGUGCACGAUACGACCUUUGCGCGGCACCUCUCGCUGCGCGCGCACCAGCGCGAGUUCAGCGAGCGGCGAAAGGCGAGGCAGCAGCUGCCAAUGCUCGCCAGCGCCUGCCCUGGCUGGGUGUGCUACGCCGAGAAGACGCACGGCGAGCUGCUGCCGCUGCUCUCGCGCACGCGCAGCCCGCAGCAGAUGGCUGGCCUGCUGGCGAAGCGCACGCUCAAGGAGUGGCACGGACGCGCUGCCGUCUACCACGUGGCGGUGAUGCCGUGCUACGACAAGAAGCUCGAGGCGAGCCGGCCGGACUUUGCGCAGGGCGCGGAGGAGGAGAAGCAGCGAGACGUGGAUUGCGUCAUCACGACGGGCGAGCUGGACACACUGAUGCGCGAGGAGGGCUUCGAGCUGCUCGACCCGGUGCCCGGAGAGGAAGACGAGCAAGAGGCAGUGCAGCAGCGGAUACCCGAUCUUGUCCCCGCAGCAGGCUCCUCGAGCGGCGGCUUCCUUUUUUCACUGCUCGCCGACGCCUGGCGCACGCAUCUCGCGUCGCUGCCGGACUCGGCGCCGCAGCCGCUGCUGGACGUGCGGACGAUCCGCAGUGCCGACUACACGGAGUACGUGCUGCGCGCGGCCGACUCGGACGAAGUGCUCUUCCGAGGCGCGGCGUGCUACGGCUUCCGCAACCUGCAGAACCUCGUGCGCCGCUUGCAGCGCUCCACAGGCCUCAAGGGCAAGAACAGCGCCGUCGCGGGACGUCUCGUGGAGGACUCUGAUUCGCCACGUCGCGGCAGAGGCGGCAUGGUGCGCCGCGGCCGAGGCGCGGCCGUCUCAGCGGUGGCCCGCAACGGCGUCGACGAGGCGUAUGACUACGUCGAAGUCAUGGCCUGUCCCGGCGGAUGCGUCAAUGGCGGUGGCCAGCUGCGGCCGCCAACAAAUGCACUUGAGGGUCAAGAGCAGCCGGAUCCGAGCGCCAACUCGCUCGUCGCGCGCGCUCUGGCAGCCGCCGACUCGACGGAGAUGCAGAUCGACGCGCAAGGCAGCAGCAGCGGAGUCGCUACGCCGCUGAGCACUGGCGGCGAAGAGGAGGUGCGAGGAUGGAAGGGCACCAGUCGCGAGUGGGUGCGCAAGGUCGAGGCGCGCUACUUUGCAGACACGCCGGCUGGCAGCGUGCAUGCUGCGCAAGCGCUUGGCGUCGGCGGCACGCCGGUCGAGGCACAGCGUGCUGUGCAGACAGCGCUGGCUCGCGAGGUCGAGGACGGCGUCAAGCGACAGAAGCUGCUCGACGCCAUCACGCGUGCGGUGGAAGCGCAGCUGUGCGGCACAAUGGGCGACGAGGCGCUGCGCACGCAGUACCACGCCGUCAGCGACGAGGCGAUCAGCGGACUAGCAGUGCAAUGGUGACGUAGUAUCGCAAUGCAUCGUCCCGCAGUACGUGCAGGUCCAGGGUGACAGACAGAGAUGCGGCGAGGUGUGCUCGCGUGCUUCAGAUCGACGGCGGGUCCGGGCCGGGCACAAAGACGCCAGGCCACUCGUUGGUGCCCCAAUUUGCCUCGCUCAUCUCGAAGAACAUGGAGCCGUCGAGCAGCCCGUCUGCGCGAGGGAAGGAGGUCAGAUCGAUGCAAAGCGUCCGCUGAGGCCGGCCUACGCACUGAGAACGACGUUCCAAUCCUGCAGAGAGGCGGCGUGAUGAGCGAGAGGUCUGCGCGCGCUGCACGCACCACUCACCGUCUCUUGGCCGGCUCCCGCCGGCUUCGGGCCAGCAUUGACGUCGCUCUGCUGCACGCCCGAGGGUCCGGCCGUGAAGCCCCAGUACGACGUGGCAUCGACG